CCCUCAGAAGCUACCUUAUCUGCUGCCGCCACUUCCUCCUACGUCGCCUGCGCGGCGGCAGUAACAGUGAUUCUGCCUGCCUCCUCCGCCACCUUCACCCCCUGCCUGCUAGCUUGCCGGUGGCUUUGGCGGCUCCACUAUGGCGGCGGCGGGGAGGGGGGACAGUAGUUUUAAAGUAGACACCCGCCCUUGGCUCAGAGAAGAUGGCACUUGGAAUGAACAGGAAAAAGCCGAAGUUUUUACAGAUAGCUUUUGUCAAGUUUGUGGAGUGGUAUUACAGUUUGAAUCACAAAGGAUUUCCCAUUACAAGAGUGAAAAACAUGCUCAAAAUGUUAGGUUUUAUUUUCAAAUGCAUGGGGAGCAAAAUGAAGUGCCUGGUAAGAAAAUGAAAAUGCAUAUUGGGAGUUUUCAGGUACAGAAUAGUGGAGUAGUGGACAGAAAUAAAUUUUGUGAUCUCUGCAGCAUGAUUUUUAGCUCUUCAGUUGUUUCUCAGUCUCAUUAUGUGGGGAACAUCCAUGCUCAAAAACUGAAACAAUUCAUGGAGGAACAUGAUCAGAUGUCUCCAUCAGGAUUUAAGCCAGAGAUGGCAGGUGUACCUAUUGCCACUUCUCCACAGUCAACCUUCCUGAAGCCUCCUGCUGUCAAGCCUCCUCAAGGUGGGAUUAAAUAUAACAUUAUUCCUUUCUUCAAUGGUACUUUGGAUUUGAAUAAUCCAAACAAAUAUUGCAAGCUCUGUCCUGCUUCCUUUAAUAGUCCAGUAAUUGCCCAACACCUUUAUGUUGGAACAAAUACAAAAGAAAGGAAGCUAGGAAGACAUUUGUAGACAAGAUAAGAAAGAAACCUCUUCCAGCAAAAUCAAAUGCAAAUGGUAAACAGAAAAAAUUGUUCUAAACUCUUCCAUGAUAAAUUUGUAUUUUAUAAAGCAUACUAGUUUAUUUAUAUACCAUUUUAGUCUUAUUGACUAAAAUUUUAGACAAGUA